AUGUAUAAACAAGCCAACACCAACAAUGAAGGAGCAUGGGGCAGCGCAUCGUAUAUUGCUGGUGCCAACACACUGAGCGAUAUGAACGAUAUCUCGUUCAUUAAUGAACGAGAUCGUUCAUAUCGCUCAGUGUUUUUCUAUAACUUUAUAGCUGUUGGUAGUUUGGUAUUUGCUUUGAGUCUUUUACAAAUAUGGACAUUUCUGAUCUCAGCGACGAGACAAAUUAGGAGGAUUCGGCAGAAGUUUUUCAGUUCUGUACUUCAUCAGGAUAUGUCUUAUUUUGAUUCAAUCCAGAUUGAGACUUUGCAUUACAGACUAACAGAAGACAUCUUUACUCUACAUGAAGGCCUAGGUGACAAAUUGUGCAUAUUUGUAAAUGUUCUCUCCACCUUUGUCUCGUGCCAAAUCUCAGCAUUUGUAAAUGGCUGGAAACUGACGCUAGUGAUCUUGUCAGUCAGUCCACUGUUUGGUAUAUCAACAGCGGUGUGGUCCAAGAUUAUUGCAUCAUUUUCCUCUAAGGAGUCGCUGGCAUAUGAAAAGGCCGGUGCAUUUGCUGAGGAAAUUGUUACAGCCAUAAAGACAGUUACUGCAUUUAAUGGACAACAGAAAGCUGUGGAUAACUACGAUGCAAAGUUAAUUGAUGCAAGAAAUGUUGGAAUUAAAAAGUCUAUUACUUUAAACCUAUCAUGUGGAGCAAUGCAAUUCAUUGGAUUUGCAAUCUACAGCCUUUCAUUUUGGUAUGGAACAAAAAUCAUUGAAGAAGAGCCAGAAAAUUAUAGCAUUAGCAACGUAUUCAUUAUCAUUUAUUCAGUGAUGUUGGGCACAUAUUCACUUGGACUGGUAACUCCAAAUUUAGAAAGUAUUAGAAGUGCACGCACAGCAGCCUUUGAGCUAUACAAAAUCAUAAACAAGUUUCGCCCAAUCGAUAGUGGGUCCACCGAGGGACACAAGCCAGACAAAUUAAUUGGUCAUAUUGAAUUUAAGAACAUUCACUUUGCUUACCCUACUCGUCCAGAUAUACAAAUUCUCAGUGGUCUGAACCUAAAGGUACCAUCUGGAAAGACCAUUGCUCUUGUUGGCACAAGUGGCUGUGGGAAAAGCACAACCAUUCAGCUACUACAGAGGUUCUAUGAUCCAAUAGAAGGAGAGAUUACAGUGGAUGGACAUGAUAUACGUUCGCUCAAUGUCAAGUGGCUAAGAAAUAAUAUUGGAGUGGUUAGUCAAGAACCUGUCUUAUUUGGAACAACCAUUGGUGAAAAUAUUCGCUAUGGAAGAGAUGGAGUAACUGAAGAAGAAAUUGAACAUGCAGCCAGAGAAGCUAAUGCAUAUGAAUUUAUAUCAAAGUUUCCUGAUCAAUUUAACACAAUGGUUGGUGAGAGAGGAGCCCAGAUGAGUGGCGGACAGAAGCAGAGGAUCGCUAUAGCACGAGCUCUCGUAAGAAAUCCCAAAAUUCUGCUUCUUGAUGAAGCAACAUCAGCUUUGGACAAACAAAGUGAAGCUAUAGUACAAGCUGCCUUAGAUACGGCCAGGGCUGGUCGGACCACUAUUAUGAUAGCCCAUAGACUGUCUACUGUCAGGACAGCUGAUGUCAUCGCUAUCUUCCAUGGAGGUGUGAUUGUGGAGCAAGGGUCGCAUGAUGAGCUCAUGAGCAAGGAGGGAAUCUACCAUUCUCUUGUGAUGCUUCAGACUGAAGACCGUAAUGGCAGAGAAGAAGAUGAGAGUAAAAGCAGUUCUAAUGGUACCACAGAUUCUAAAGAAGAGAGUGAGGAAGACAGAAGUCAAUAUAUAGAAGAAGCCAGCCGAACAUUACAAGAUGUUGAAAACAGAAUGGUGUCAGUUAGGCAUCAAAGUUUGCUAGAAGAAUCUAAAAGAAAAGUUAAAAAAACAAAGUCAACGACAAAAUCUAGCAAGAAACAGUCUAAAAUAAUAAAAGAGGAAAUGGAAGUCCAUCCUGAAGUACCUAUGAGAAGAAUUAUGCAGCUAAACAAACCAGAAUGGCCUUACAUUGUGAUCGGAGCAAUAGCUUCUGGAAUAAAUGGGGUGAUAUUUUCCAUAUUUGGUGCCAUUUUUGGAAUGUUUAUUGGUGCAUUUGGCGAACAAGAUUAUGUAAAAAGGAGUCAAAGAACUAACUUUUUAUCAAUAAUGUUAUUGAUCAUGGGAUUAAUUGGUUUAAUGGCACAUAUUACCAUGGGGUUCAUGUUUGGAAAGUCUGAAGAAAAUUUAACCAUGAGGCUGCGAUCUCUUUCAUUUAAGGCAUUGCUCCGUCAGGCUACUGGAAGUCGAAUAGGAUUACUUACGAUGACAGUGUUCACUCUGGUUUCUGCUGCCAUCAUUGCUUUUAUACAUGGCUGGCAGCUGACGUUGGUUGUCUUGGCGUGUGUUCCACUACUCAUCGGAGUCAACUUAAUUGAAAGAAGGGCUAUUAGAGGUCACGCAUCCAAAGAUCAGAAGGACUUGGAAGAAGCUGGAAGAAUAUCAACAGAGGCUGUUGAAAACAUCAGGACAGUGGUGUCAUUAACAAAAGAAGAUGCAUUUUAUGAAAAAUAUGAAGCCAGCUUAAGAGGACCAUACAGGAAUGCCCUUCGGAAAGCAUUCUUUCAUGCACUGACAUAUGCAGUUGCUCAAUCCAUGAGCUACUUUUUUAAUGCAGCUGUAUUUGGGUUUGCGGCCUGGCUCGUGGCACAUUGUUACAUGCAACCUGAAAAUGUCUUUGUAAUAGUUAGUGUUAUUACUUGUGCGUCUUCUAAUGUGGGAAAUACCAAUUCCACUGCACAAGAUUAUGGACAAGCAAAGGUUUCAGCUCAGCGCAUUUUUAAGCUUUUGGACAGAAAUCCAGUUAUUGACAGCUACAGCGAAGAAGGAAACACUUUGAAUGAAAUGAAAGGAAAUAUUGAAUUUAAAAACAUCAAAUUUGUAUAUCCAACAAGACCAAAGGCUCAAGUUCUACAGGGUCUGAACAUCAAAGUAUCUAAAGGCCAGACCCUCGCCCUGGUGGGCAGCAGCGGCUGUGGAAAAAGUACAGUGGUUCAGCUCCUGGAGAGGUUUUAUGACCCUGUGGAUGGACAAGUGCUUGCAGACGGAAUUGAUACCAAGAGUCUCCACCUGAAGUGGCUUAGGUCACAGCUCGGCAUUGUGUCCCAGGAACCAAUCCUUUUUGAUUGCAGCAUCGGUGAAAACAUCCAGUACGGUGACAACAGUAGACUUGUUACACAGGAGGAGGUCAUAGCAGCUGCCAAAUUAGCCAACAUUCACACCUUCAUCCAGAGUUUGCCAGAAGGAUAUAAUACACGUGUUGGCAGUCAUGGAGCCCAGCUGUCAGGAGGACAAAAGCAGAGGAUCGCCAUUGCCCGAGCUCUCGUACGCAAACCAAAAGUGCUACUCCUGGAUGAAGCCACCUCCGCUCUUGAUACUGAAAGUGAGAAGGUUGUGCAGGAAGCUCUGGAUGAGGCAAGGCACGGCAGGACCUGCAUAGUGAUUGCUCACCGGCUAUCCACAAUACAGAAUGCUGAUAUCAUUGUAGUAAUGAAGAAUGGGAAAGUGGUGGAACAAGGCACUCAUAACCAGCUAAUGGCCAAAGAAGAAGAAUAUUAUUCUCUUGUGCACUCACAUGUCUCAAAGUAACGUCUGUACUGCUCUGGGAGCAGCACCAUUCUUGACAACCUAUAUAUAUUAUACCAUAUUCUGAAUUUUACACACAAUAUUUUAUGGAGAAAAAUAAGUUAUGUUAAAUUUUACAUAAGAUGUAAUACACUACAACACACUAAGCGGUCUAUUCAAUUAGUGUUAGAAUUUCUGAAAAGUCGGAAAAAAAGCACUUUUAGACUGUUGUAGGAAAUUCCGACAUGUCGAAAAACAGGUGGAUCGGCAAACGCUCCCGGCGCUAUACCUGUUAUGUCAAAUUUGCUGGCAUUUACGUCAGGUUUUUGCCCAUUUUCGACAAUGCCCCUUUGAUGUUAAAAAAAGUUGGAUCGGCAUAGUCGAAAACUGGCAAAAACCUGUCUGAAAUGCUCGGAAAUUGAAUAGUGAAGUGUCUGAUCCUUUAAUUGAAUGCACCCCAAUACCACAAUAAAGAAAACACUUAAAGCAAACAUGCAGAAAUAAUGGCUACAUGUAAUUAAAAGGAACUGUACUAUAAAUAGGCUCACUUCUUUUUUUGUGACAAAUAAAGGAAAAUCAAAAACUAUAAA